UAAAAUCAGAAAUGCUGUUUAUAGUUUCCGAAAAGUGUGAAGUGUGUUGUGCGGGAUGGAUCCGUCGCGGCGUCAGCGCACGCAGACGAAGGCCACGGCGGAGGAGCAGGCCCUCGAUCAGAUAGCAAGAGAGGCGGAACAAAGAUUGGCAGCGCGGCGAGCGGCUAGGGCGGAGGCGCGCGAGAUCCGCAUGCGUGAGCUGGAGCGCCAGCAGCGCGAACAGGAGGACCAUGCAGACAAAGCGUAUGAUAUGUACGCUGGGAAGACACCAGAGUCAGUGGGUCGUCGCGGCGGUACUCGGCUGGCGUCCCUCAGUCCCGCCGUGCACUCGCCUCGCCGCAGCUCCGAGGACUCAAUGGACGAUGGGUUCAGCAUCAAAGAUCUUAGGCACGAGUUGAAAGAAGUGGAGGAGAAGUUCCGCAAGGCGAUGAUCCUGAACGCGCAGCUGGACAACGACAAGGCGGCGCUCGGAUACCAGCUCGAGCUGCUCAAGGACAGGAUAGAGGAGCUGCACGAGGAGUACGCCCAGUUACAGCGCGAGCACAGAGAGAAAUGCUCGUCGUUCGAGCGGCUGAAGCGGGAGCACGAGUCAGUGAGCCGCGAGCUGAGCGCGGCGCGCGACGCGGUGCGGGCGCGGGACGCGGCGGCGGCGGCCGCGGGCUUCGCCUUCGUGGACGCCGCCUCGCUGGACGCGCCCGCCGCCGCCGCCGCCGCCGCCGCCGCCGCGCCCGGCGCCUCCGUCGGCGCCGUGCCCGCCCUCGCGCUGCUCACGCAGGCCGCGCAUCAACUCCUCGACACCGCCGGGGAAGGCACGCUCGACGUACGGUUGCAGAAGCUGCUGAGCUCGAAGCAGGCGCUGGAGUCCGAGGUACGCAAGCUCAAACUGCAGCUCAACGAGGAACGCGCCGCCAGGCAGAACGGAGUCUCCAACCAUCACGACCAGGAGUACGAGAACGAACUGGAGACAGUCCGCAAGGCGGUGUCGGAGGCGAAGGGCCGCGCGGCGCGCGCCGAGGCCGAGGCCGCCUUGCAGGCCGCGCACGUGGCGCGCCUCGAGGCACAGCUGGCCCGUCUGCGCGCGCGCCAGGACCAUCAGGACGAGCACGAGGAGCUGCUCAAGCAGGAGCGUCGCAAGCUGCAGCGAGAGGCUCGGGAAGCGCUAAACCGAGUUGAGGAGUUGGAGACUGAGAACAGCCACCUGACGAAGCGACUCGACAAACUCAAGAACGCGAAGUCUGCUCUCCUGAAAGACCUGUGACAGGGCUGAAGUUGGUGUAAUGACGGAAAUUGCGCGAACCAUGCAGGGACGACACGCUGCCAUGUAUGUAAUGAUUAGUACGUACAAGAAUAUCGAGAUGACUGAAAGACUUUGUAAAUAUGUCUUUACAUCUACAAAACUACUUUGAUUAAUGAGCAAUUUAAAUGUAAACAUAACAACGUCAAGGGUCUGUCUCGCGUUUGAUAAACUGGAAAUACGUCAACUUCACUUCCCCUGUUAGUAAACAUAAACAGAAACUGUAAGACGG